CAACCAUGAAGACUCUCAAGUCUUGUAAUAUUUGUGUAUAUAUAUGAUGAUGAUUGUUGGAUGCAGUUAUUAGCGACUUCAUUAUCAUAAUACAUCAAUCACAAUUUGCAGCCAUGGAGAAAAAGCUUUAUUGCAUUUUGCAGUAUGCAUUCCUAAUUACCAUAACCUUCCAAAUGCUUUCUUCUGAAGCCAAAGCCAAACAACCUCUGAGCCUUGCAACUGAUCAAACUGCCCUUCUUUCACUCAAACAUACAUCUCUUUUACUUGCAUCUAAUUGGACCAACUCCACCUCCGUCUGCACCUGGAUUGGCGUCACUUGCAGCUUCCGCCACCACAGAGUAGCUGCCUUGAAUCUCUCCAACAUGGCUCUCUCCGCCACCAUUCCACCACAGCUCGGACACCUCUCCUUCCUCGUCUCCCUCGACCUCUCCAACAACCUUUUCUAUGGACAUUUGCCACACCAACUGUCUCUCCUUCGCCGUUUGAAGUUCAUAUCUUUCCAACUCAACAACUUCACCGGAGACAUCCCUCCGAUGUUGGGUCAGUUACCAAAAUUAGAGGACUUGUCUUUAAGCAGCAACAACUUCAUAGGUUCCAUCCCAAAAUCUCUCUCAAACCUCACAAACCUACAAUUUCUUGACUUAUCUUCCAAUUCUCUAAGUGGAGAAAUUCCAAAAGAGUUUGGGAGACUUCAAAGUCUACAAACUCUAUCUGUUCGAUUCAAUCGUCUAUCCGGUGCUAUACCAUCAGCCAUAUUCAACAUCUCGACCCUUGUAGCUAUAGCAUUGAGAAACAAUGAAUUGAGUGGAAGUCUUCCAACAGACAUGUGCAGUAAUCUUCCAUUUCUUACUGUGCUAAGUCUUUCUUUCAAUCAGCUGAGUGGCGUGAUUCCCACAAAUCUAUCCCAAUGUUCACGGCUUGAGAUGUUGAGCCUCUCUUACAACUCUUUAACUGGGGAGAUACCUUCAGAAAUCGUCUACUUAACAUCUCUUCGGGAGUUAUAUCUUGGUGCUAACAAUUUGACUGGAAUACUACCACAUGAGAUUGGUCAUUUUCAGAAUCUGGUUACUUUUGAUGCUGGACAGAAUGAGAUUGUGGGCUCAAUUGAUUUCAAUAUUUUCCUGAAUAUGUCUUCUCUGCAAACCUUAGCACUAGCGCGUAACAAAUUCACGGGGAACCUUCCCACAAAUCUAUCCCAAUGUUCACGGCUAGAGGUGUUAAGCCUUGAACACAACUCUUUUAGUGGGGAGAUACCUUCAGAAAUCGGCUACUUAACAUCUCUUCGGGAGUUAUAUCUUGGUUCUAACAAUUUGAAUGGAAUACUACCACAUGAGAUUGGCCAUCUUCAGAGUCUGGUUGAGUUUGGUGCUGAAUGGAAUGAGAUUGCGGACUCAAUUGAUUUCAAUAUUUUCAUGAAUAUGUCUUCCCUGCAAACCUUAGUCCUAUGGCGUAACAAAUUCACGGGGAAGCUUUCAAGGGAUGUCGGGAAUAUUACCAUGCUAACAAAUUUAGAGCUCCAGGAAAACCAUUUUACAGGGCUUAUUCCCACUGAAUUUGGCCAACUUUACCAUUUUGAGAGAUUAUCAUUAUCAUUGAACAACUUGAGUGGUUUGAUUCCACAUGAGCUCUUUAACAUUUCAACUCUUCGGAUUCUUGCACUUACUGCCAAUGCUCUGUCAGGGGUUCUUCCAACCCAUUUAUGCCAUGCCUCUCCCUUUCUUGAAGAAUUGUUUCUUAGCGGAAAUUCCAUCACUGGAGCAAUACCCAACUCCAUCUCUAACUGUUCUCAACUCACAAUUCUCUCACUUUCUGAAAACAAAUUCAGUGGUUAUAUACCUACUCAUCUCGGCAACCUAAGACUUCUUCAAAGACUUGAACUGGACAACAACAAUCUUACCCAGGCACCAUCUUCUUCCUUCAUUACUUCAUUGACAAAUUGCAAGUCUCUAACUACUUUGUCAAUUGGUAAUAAUCCUCUAAAUGGUGUCAUUCCAGCUUCUGUCGGGAACUUAUCUUCCUCUCUUCGAACAUUCGGUGUCGACAACUGCAAAUUCAGUGGCAGCAUUCCCGUUGAAAUAGGCAAUUUAAGCAAUUUGAUGACAUUGGAGUUGUCAGCAAAUGAGUUAUCUGGUAAUAUUCCACUAACUAUAGGCCAUUUGCAUGAACUUCAAGGAUUAAAUCUGUCUCAUAACAUGUUGGGAGGCUCAAUACCACAUGUUGUAUGUGAUCUAUUCCGCCUAUAUACUUUAGUUAUGAGCCAGAAUCAAUUUUCAGGCCUAUUUCCUAAAUGUCUGGGAAAUGUCUCUUCUUUAAGAAAUCUUUAUCUAGACUCCAACAUUUUGAAUUCAAGCAUACCAUCAAGCUUAUGGGGCCUAAAAGAUUUGAUCAUUCUAGACUUGUCCUCGAAUUCAUUAAAUGGGUCACUACCUCUAGAGAUGAGUAACUUAGGAGCAGCAAUACAUAUAAACCUAUCGAUGAAUCAGUUGUCAAAGUCUAUUCCUAGCACUAUUGGGAAGUUGCAGAAUUUGGUUAAUCUGUCUUUGGCAAAUAAUAGACUAGAAGGUUCUAUUCCUGUGUCUAUGGGAAGCAUGAUCAGUUUGGCAAAUCUCGACUUGUCGUACAACAGCCUCUCUGGUUCAAUUCCAAAGUCUUUAGAAGCACUUCAACACCUCGACUACUUUAAUGUCUCUUUCAAUAGUUUAAGUGGAGAAAUUCCUAAUGCAGGUUCUUUUAGAAACUUCACUAUGGAUUCUUUUAAGGGUAAUGAGGCAUUGUGUGGAAUCCCCAAGUUCCAUGUCCAAAUUUGCUCUUCAAUUUCUAAUCACACAUCAAAGAGAAAGAAGGUGGAACGAGCUUCAUUUAUUGUUUUCGGGGUUGUGGCAUUCAUGUUAGUUGUUUCUUUGGCCUUUAUAAUUGUCAGAAACAAAAGGAAAGAUAAGACGAAUAGAGAAGUUGAUGAGUUGAUAUUCAUUGUGCCGGAAAGAAUCUCUUAUUAUGAACUGCUGCAAGCAACGGAAAGAUUCGAUGAAAGCAAUUUACUUGGCACUGGGAGUUCUUGCUCUGUUUAUAAAGGAAUUCUUAACAAUGGGAAGGAUAUCGUUGUCAAGGUGUUUAAUAUGCAGCUAGAAGGUAUUUCAAGAAUAUUCGAUAUCGAAUGUGAGAUACUACGUAACAUUCGACAUAGGAAUCUGACAAACGUCAUAAGCAGUUGCUCCAAUGAAGAGUUCAAGGCAUUAGUACUUGAAUAUAUGCCAAAGGGAAACCUUGAAAAAUGGUUAUAUUCCCACAACUAUUGCUUGAAUAUGAUGGAAAGAGUGAAUAUAAUUAUUGAUGUUGCAUGUGCUUUGGAGUAUCUUCACCAUGGUUAUUCAAUGCCCAUUGUCCACAGCGACUUGAAGCCUAGUAAUGUGAUGUUAGAUGAAGACAUGGUUGCCCAUGUAAGCGACUUUGGGAUAGCAAAGUUGUUAUGUGAUGGAGAUAGCUUUGUGUUAACCAACACGCUAGCAACAUUGGGUUACAUUGCUCCGGAGUAUGGUUUGGAAGGGCAAGUUUCAACAAGGUGUGAUGUGUAUAGCUACGGGGUGAUGUUGAUUGAAACUUUUACGAGAAAAAGGCCUAGUGAUGAUAUGUUUUGCGGAGAUAUGAGCUUAAAGAGAUGGGUAGAACUCUCACUUUCGGAGAACCCAGAUGAAGUGAUAGAUGCCAACUUAGUCAUGAAUUUGGAGGAAGAAAUGAUUGACAAGAAUAUGCAGUGUGUGUCAUCCAUACUUGAAUUGGCUCUGAAAUGCUCUGCCGACUCUCCCGGGGAUAGAAUCAACAUGAAACAAGCACAUGCAGAGUUGCGGAAAAUCAAACAUCGAUUUUCCCAAUGAGAUUCAAGUAGUGUCGAAGAUUUUGAAUAGGCUGUAGAUGCUAAUUGGGGUGAGGCAGUCGAUAGUUGUGAGGUGGAUGACAUAAAGAAUGGAAAAUGUUGUUCUUUAUUAUUACCAUUGUACUUGUCUUUUAUUC